GGUGUCCGAUGCGCUAUAUUUAAAGCUACUAGAUUAUUCAUCAAUUUCCCGUUGUCACAAUGGGGACUGACUCAUCGAUGAAAGCUGUUGAGGAACAGUCUGGUCCAAAGAAGGAAGAGACUUCUAAGGAUGACCUGUCUGAGGAAGACAAACAGCUUCAGGACGAGCUAAAUAUGCUCGUGGACAGACUUGAGGAGCCGAACCAGGAACUACAUAAGCCAGCUUUAGAGUCCAUGUGUACAUUGAUAAAGUCCUCUACAACGUCCAUGACAUCCGUUCCCAAGCCCCUAAAAUUCCUGAUGCCUCAUUAUGCCAAAAUUAAGUCUUUCUACAACACUAUAUGUAAUCCAGAUACGAAAAAACUUUGCGCUGAUGUCGUAUCCGUUCUGGGCAUGACUGUAACUGACCAGCCUGAAACGCGUUACGAUACACUGACUUACAGACAUCUUGGUUGCCAGGGUGAUAUCGGAGCUUGGGGUCAUGAGUAUGUUCGUCACUUAACGAAUCAAAUCGUCGGUACUUGGCAAGAAAAAGAAUACGAUUCACUAAUGGAUAAUCCUGAAGCCACAAACGAAAUGAAAAAGCAUCGAGAAGACUGCCUCUCUCUUGUUCACCAAAUAAUCCCCUACCUGAUGGAGCACAAUGCAGAGGCUGAGGCAAUUGACCUUUGUAUCGAAAUUGAACAGCAUCAUCUUCUACAGAUGUAUACAUCAAGUUUAAACUAUACUCGAGUGUGUCUUUAUCUGACGAGCUGUGUAGCUUAUCUGCCUACACCAGAUAACAAUAAGGUACUUCAGUAUGCAACUAUUUUGUACCGUAAAUUCGAGGAUUUGGGCAAUGCUAUGCGUUGUGCUUUACGUCUAAAUGACAUGAAUUUGAUCCGCGAAAUAUUUUUAGAGUCUGGGAAGGUUAAAACAGGUUCUCGUAAUUAUGGACCAGCUAUCCAACGUCAACUUGCCUAUCUUCUUGGCCGACAGAACAUUGUAUUUCCAGAUGAGGAAUGUUUAGCAGAUGAGGAAUUAACAGAAAUGCUUUGGAAUACCAGGUUAUCAGAACACUUCUUGUCUCUUGGUCGUGAAUUAGACAUUAUGGACCCAAAGUUACCAGAGGAUAUCUACAAAUCUCAUUUGGAGGCAGUCAGACCAACUUUAAAUGCGGCCACUUUAGACUCGGCACGAGCUAAUUUAGCUGCAUCCUAUGUGAAUGGACUUGUAAAUUGUGGUUUCGGUAAGGAGAAGCUACUACAAGAAACGCCUAAAGAGGUCCCAUGGUUGUGCAAACAGAAGGAAUUCGGUAAAAUGAGUACUGUGGCUACGCUCGGUUGGGUACUUUUAUGGGAUGUUGACACUGGGUUGUCGCAACUUGAUAAAUAUCUUUAUUCUGUAGAGGAUCAUACUCGUGCUGGUGGUCUUUUAGGUUGUGGAGUUGUCAAUUGUGGUGUUAAAAACGAAUGUGAUCCUGCGUUAGCUCUCCUUGGAUCUUAUGUAGAUUCUGACAAGGACGUCCUUUCUCGUGCGGCAAUCAUCGGUCUCGGUGUAGCUUACGCUGGUUCAAUGAAAGCAGAAGCUAUAAGCACUCUUACACCUGUUAUCCUGGAUAUUAAUACAGCGAAGCUUCAACAUGCUUGUUUGGCAGCACUUUCAGCAGGCCUUAUCUCAGUUGGUUCACUUGAUGGGACCGUCACUUCCACUAUCAUUCAAAGUUUAUUGGAAAGACCCGCAAGUCAUUGGAGCAAUGUUUUUAGCAAAUUUAUGGCACUUGGUUUAGGUUUAACGUGUUUAGGCCGACAGGAGGAAGUUGAGGUUAUUCUGGCUUCUUUAGAGGCUGUAUCUGAACCUAUGAAAUCAAUGGCUCACAUGAUCUGUGACUUUUGUGCUUAUGCUGGUAAGUGUGUAUCCUUGUUUGUUGAGAACUAUUUUGGUUAUUUUUCUGCCAGUUAUUUAUUUUUCAUCCACAUUUGCAAUUUAUUUAUUUUUCAAUUUUAUUUAUUUAAACACAUAAACAUUGGUACAAGGAGGCAUCAAAUAGAUAUGUGCCACAUAAAUUAUUUAAUUUGUGUGAGGGCUGAGAUACUGCCUGGGUGCCUAAACCGAAGCAGGUUAUUUGCAAUCGUAAUCAUAUUAAGAUAGAUAAUUUAUCUGACAGUGUAAAUAGGCUUUAUAACACGUAAACGAAAUAUCGUUAUUAUUAUUAGAAUCCAAACAGAUUUCCCAUCACUUACUUAUAUCAAACAGUCAUUUAAAAAACCAAAAGAAACAACUUAAGCUUUUUCAUUUUAUUUUAGGGGAAUAUGAUUCGUUUUGGAUUAAUCAUUUACUGAAUACAUCGCUUUAGCAUAUUAUCAACAGUCUUACUUAUCAAAUCAACACGUUUCACGUAUGUUUGUAGGUGAAUUUGCUACUCGUAAAACCGUACAAAAAGUGUUAUUUUUGAACAAAUUAACAUAGAUUGUCGUCCCAUGAUGUGCCAGCAGUAUAAUCUGGUAGAUAAACUAAAUAUGACUUAUUAUUUAGCUUUCUCACAUUGGUUAGCUACGCUGUUUAUUAAUACGAUUUUUAUGCUCAUUUAUUUUGUAAAGGCAGUGGAAAUGUAUUAAAAAUUCAAAAUUUACUGCAUAUCCUCUCUGAAAAGUAUGAAGAAAAAGAAAAUACUGAUAAGGCUUCCAAUACAAAAACAAAAGAGAAAAAGGAAAAGUCGAGUGAAGCUCGCCGUGGAGGGGGUCGUGGGAGAAAUCGUCGUGGUGGGUCAACUAGACCGGCUGCUACAUCUGCUACUACUAAUGACCAUAAUAAUGGACAUAAUACAGAUGCUCCUACAGCUAUGGACAUUACUGGUCAAGUAAAUGAAGACACCAUUACCUCAGAAGAGACAGACGUUCCCCAACCCAUACCAAUGGAUACGUCCAAUGCAGAAGAGUCCACACCACAGGAAGACAGUACAUUUGAUUUUCAUGCUCAUCAGGGUCUAGCUGUUUUGGGAGUUGCUAUAAUUGCUAUGGGUGAAGAAAUCGGCCUAGAUAUGGCCUUCCGAAUGUUCGGCCAUCUUGUAUGUUCUUUUGUGCCACUUGGAUAUAUUAAGUAUCUAAAUGUAUAUGAUGUUAUGCGUAAAUAUUUAUUUCUGCUUUAUCUGUCCUAGUUUCAAGCAUUAAGUGUUUAAAAGUUUUUUGAUACUUGAUACGCUAAUCCCGUUGCUUCUAACCGAAUAACAGCUGAAUUUCAAAAUCGAUUGCGAGUCUAGUAGAUAAAUUGAAAAGUCCUUAUACAUACGAGAUUACUUGUAUCCUCUUGUUUCUUGCUUUCAAAAAUGUGAUUUGCAUCCGGCAAUAAGUAUAAUCAUACUAAAGAGUAUUUCCAAAUAUUAAACACAACUUAUGAGUAAAAUAAGUAGUAGAUAACAAUGUCUUAUUAAGUUGUAGUAAACAGCAAACGAAACUCGGGUGAAGCUAAUGUGUGUUUAGGAUAGUUAGGUUUGUCAAGUUUAAAUACACAGUAUAGCCACCACUAUGAUAAAUUCAGUGGUUUCUACUUGUAUCAUCGACUGACCUUGCGAAUAGGCGUUGGAUUUUCACUUUCAAGUCCAGUUCUGUCUAACAUUAUUGUAAUUCCAAUAGUUAGGUAAAUUUACAUAUCUGUCAAUUCUCAUAUAAGUCAAAUUAACAAUGUAUUAAAGCAAGUAUAAAGUUACUAUUUAUGAUUAAUGUUAUGUACUUUCUCAGAAAAAUUCCCUGUCCUAUAAAAAAAAUGUCAAUUCUGGUGAGUGUAUGUAAGUUAAUGAAAUUGGUUUUAGUUAUAAAUAUUAUAGACAUUUUUCGAUAACAGAAAAUGCUUUAUUUUAAUAAUCACUUUACAGUUAAGAUUCGGCGAACUUCCAAUUAAAAGAGCUGUCCCACUAGCUCUUGCAUUGUGCUACGUAUCGAAUCCUCAGCUAAAAGUAUUGGAUACUUUGAGCAAAUUUAGUCAUGAUUCAGAUGCAGAGUUAUCACACAAUUCUAUAAUUGCAAUGGGCAUUGUCGGUGCAGGAACAAAUAAUGCACGUUUAGCUGCUAUGUUACGUCAGCUUGCUGUUUAUCAUAGCCGCGAUCCAUACAAUUUGUUCUUAGUUCGACUUGCUCAAGGCUUAACACAUCUUGGAAAAGGGACACUCACACUGAGUCCUUGGCAUUCUGAUAGAUUCCUAUGCCGUCCUGUUGGGUUAGCUGGACUUCUCAUACUAUUAACAUCUUGUCUGGAUAUGAGGAUGACAUUUAUGAGUAGACACGAUUACCUGAUUUUUUAUAUUACACCUGCAAUUCAACCUCGUUUGUUGAUGACUUUCGAUGAAGACUUGAAACCUUCGCUUGUGACUGUUCGUGUAGGUCAGGCUGUCGAUGUUGUUGGUCAGGCAGGAAGGCCGAAAACCAUUACAGGAUUUCAGACGCAUACCACACCAGUUUUAUUAUCUCAUGGUGAACGUGCGGAACUUGCAACCGAUGAAUAUUUACCUAUAACACAACUUCCUUUAGAGGGUUUCAUACUUCUCCGAAAGAAUCCUGAAUACGAGGAAACAAAUAAAUAAUUGUUUCUUUAUUCCUCUAUCUGUUAUCACGAUGUAAUAAUACAGUAUUCUAUUUCUACAUCUCAUUUUUUCAGAAAUACAAUUCAAUUUUCUCUUG